GUUGGUGUGUGUUAUGUUCUCUUUGUAAAAAAUAUCUCUUCCGUUUCCGUUGCUCACUUUGGCAUCAUCGACUUUCGUGGUACUUGACUAAGCUUUGUGUUGUAUUUACUGUUGUAUGUUGUUUUGGUUGACUUUUAACAAAUUUACUGAGUGAUUGUAAGUUAAUCAGGUAGUUUAAAAAAAAGUAUUUAAUUGAGGAAGAGUUAUCUAAAAAUUUCCAGUUUAUUAUAUAGCUAUAAUGUCUUACAAUACUCGUCGACAGGGUGGAGUUGGUCGUGGGACUUCACAAGUGAUGUACCACCAGCAGCAACAGCAGCAGACAAGCCAGAGGGGUAGUGCCUCUCCCAGACCCUCUGGUCCACCACCAAACUCGCAAGGGUACCCUUCCUCUUACGGUACCCAGCCUGGGGGCUUCUCCUCGGGAGGAAACCAGCAGGGAUACAACACUCAGCAGUAUCAGGCACAGCAGCAGGUAGUGCCCCCUCCACCCCCACCACCCAUAGCGGUACAGCAGCCCCCUGCCCCCAAGCCUCUCCAAGGAAUACUCAAGUCGGAGGCAGCAUCUCCGCCUCAGCCCCAGCCCCAGCAGCCUGUCAAGACCCCUGUCUCUCCGUCGCCGGGGGCAGUGGAGGUGGAGAAUGAUACUGAAAAAAUGUCUCAGGAAGAUAAAGAUGAGGAAAGGCCGAGGCCUCCGUGGAUGAGGAAGAGGCCGUAUCCAUUCAAGGUGAGCAAGGCAGUGAUGAGGCGCCGCCAGAAUGCCAGGCUGCGCAAGAUGCUGCAACCAAAGAGUGCGCUCGUGGUUCUGACUGAGGUAGUGCCGGGGGCCAAGUUCAACUUCCUGGAGCACAUCAAUGCUCUCGGACAGGUUACGUACCAAGCCAACGUGGAGAUAGAGGGUAAAGUUUAUUCCGGCCAGUCACUAAACAAGACUGUGGCCAAACAAAUUGCGUCGGAGAAUGCUCUGAAAGCUGUCCUCCUGGAUAUGAUAAGCAAGUCUCCAGUGAAGAUGGAACAGUCUGGGUCGGAGAAGGGGGACGAGAACAAUGAUGGGUCAGACGGGGAGGAGAACAAGGAAAAAAGCACGGACAUCCCGGAAGAUGAAGUGCCGUGGAGAAGUCUGACCUCUUUCGCUAUUUACAAGCUCUUCUUGGAGUGGCAGAGCGAUGGCACUGUUGUACCCAGCGAAGGAAUGCCAAAAACCAUGAAAUCACCAAGACAGGUGGAUGAUUUCACACGACCCUCACCCUUGAAGAAGAUCCCAGACAACCCAACACAGCGUCACCCAGUAAUGCUAAUCAAUCAAAUGAGGCCUGGUAUAGAGUUCCUUGAGGUGUCAAGGCAGGGAAACCCACCUAAUAUUACAUUUACAAUGCAAACAACAGUGGACGGCAAGGAGUAUACUGGAGUUGGAAAGAACAAAAAGGAAGCGAGGAAGGAAGCGGCCAAAGCUGCUCUGGCUGGUGCAAUGAAUAUUCACUAUCCGUAAGAACAUUACUGGGGAAUCAAUCUCGCUGUGCAGUAUUCACACAGGAACCUUUAUCUUUAUCGUCUGGAUGUUGUGCAUUAGAGUAGCGGACCUAUUGUCAUUUUAGAGGCACUUGAAUCAUCGUAUUAUUUUUAUAUUAUCAUUUAAAAAAAAGUGAGGAAUCAGUAUAAAGCAUGCAGCUUUAAAAUUCUAUGAAUUUUGUAAUUCAAAAUUUAAGUGUCAGUCUCUUUUAUUUAGUUUUGUGUAGUUAAGUGUUUUUGAAUUUUGUGUUGCUUAAUGUUUAAUAAAAUGUUUAAAAUAAA